AUGCGAGGCCUACGCAACGAACGCCGUCCGCGCGGCAAGUAUGCCCGCCUGAUCUGCCAGCGAUGUCGCUCCCGGAAAAUCAAGUGCGUGCUGCCGAACCCAGAACAGAUCGAGCUGUCCGGCGCGCCACAAGGUCCCGACCACGCCUGCGACCGAUGCCGCAAUUUCAAUCUCGAAUGCAUCGUCGAGCGCACCAUGCUGGGGCGCCCUGCCGCUGUUAACCGCGGCCGGCGCAGUGGCUCUGCUGUUGUUGAUGGCGUUGGCGAUGCUGAUGCGGAGCAGCCGCUGGAUAUCAAAGAGUACAUGUGGUCGGGCGACGCCGAGGAACCUUUGCAGAUCAAACACCACCACCACCAGGGUCCUGCUGCAAAGUCCAAGCAUCCCAGUAAACAGGACGUGUUUGAGUCCAUCAUUGACCCGGCCUGCUUUUUGUCGCUGAUCUUGGCUAAUAACCCGGUCUUUGGCUCGAAUAUCGUGCAUUCGACGACCCCGUGGGGUGGUUUCUUGCCGGAUUUGAUCGACGAUGAUCUUGCAGAAUCCUUGGAUAGGCGUCUGGCAUGGCAUCGAUUCUUCCUUCCACAAACACCCAGCCUCAUUAGCGUGCGACAUCGUCUACUUUCCAAUGACAGCGCCUCGCAUACCCCGGCGACGAACCUGCUCUUUGCGCUGCUGUGUUCAAUGGCUUUGGAAACCCCCGAAUGCGCAUCAGAACACUACUCGCAACUGAUCUCGAGCGUCCAGCUUGCCGUAUCGUCCUACGGCCAAGAUUUUAUCUUUUCUCCGCCAAUCCACCGCGACUCGGUCAUUAUCAGUUUGUUAUUGUCAGACUACCGUCCCACGGCUAUAGUCAGCUCGCAGAGCGUGGCACACAAAGCCGUCAAGUCUGACCUCUAUGUCAACAUUGCAUACCGCAUCGCCGAGCGGCUGGAGAUGCUGUCGGACAAGCCCAGACUAGAUUUCAACCUAGUGAACUCUAUAAACUCGCUUGAGCUGGAAGCCGAGCUGAUCGAUUCGCUGCAAACCUUGCAGCUGUACUCUUAUGACGCGCUGACCAGCGGCUACAUCGCCACGCCAGUCAUGGGCAUGUUGCAGCUGCUGGACCGCAUGCGACCUUAUAUUGCGCUAUACGAGCAUGUACUGAAAAUUAGACCUUGCUCGCCGAGACUGAUUUAUCACAUUCAAUACGCAAUCUCAAAUUACACCAUGAUCGAAGUCAUGGCGAGAAUGAAGCAAAGCUGGGACAGCUGGGACAACUUGGCUGCGGUCAUGGAAGACGGGAAAAACAAGUGUCUGGAACACAUCGAGUCCUGCAACCGCUGUCUGGCAACCUCGUUGAAUCAUUAUUUUAGUCCAGAAGAAGGAGAGUUAUCCGCGGCGACGCGCGCGCUGUUGGAGUUUCGGUUCAAGUGGGUUUCUAUGAAAAUCAGUGGCGCCGGGCUUUUAUACGCCAUGGUCCUACAAACAAGAGCCCGGGGUAGUCCGGCCAAGAACGGGCCUGAGAUUAGCUGUCAAGAAGGCGUGCAAAUCGGCACGCAGGCUAUUGACAAUCUCAUCAGUAUCCAAAGGGGCCAGAUUGCCGACUUUUCCUCCUUCCUGGGCCGGUUUGCCUUGAAAUACCCAGGCGAGAUGAAAUCCGUGCUGGAUAGUUUUCUCGACUGUGGCUCUAGACUGAAGAUUGAUGGCGUUGCCUUUCAUCCUCCGCCGCGACGGGUGGUCCUUGAAAUCGUGAUUCUGUGCAAGAAUAUUGUCGAGAAUAUGGUUGUUUUUCUAAAGAGUUUUAGCAGGCUUCCGCCUUUUCUUCCGGAAAGACUCGAAAUGCUUGCAACCUGUGAGCGGCAAUUGGAUGCCAUGGUCGCCGCGCCGUGGACGUCGACCAAUUCGGCAUUUGCCAGUGGUUGUAUCUAUGCGGCCAGCAGCAAGUUGAUUCACCGGCUUCGCGAUUUCAUGAACAACCUCCAGAGCCGCGUUUCUAGAAGAGAAGAGCAACAACGACAGCAGCAAGAGCAGCAGCAACAACAGCAGAUGCAACAACAUCAGCUGCUAAUGCCGCAGCAACCACUACAUGAAGACCAAGCCAGUAUUUUCGACUUGCAUUCCAACUCGGACGGACACGACUCAGGUCUCGACGCCUCGUUUGAAGGAUGGGACUCGUGGCCGCAUUUUGGCGGCUUCGAUAUGUUUACCACUUCAGACGACAAUUUUGACUGGUCUCUGGCGUGGGAUAUGUUUUUUGAUUGCGAUCCGAUGAAUAUGAAUACAGCUAUGAAUCCUAUGAACACGAAUCCACCCUUCAAUUGA